AAAGGAAAGUAUUUCUGCAGAGACAGAGACAGAGACUGUAAACCUGUCAUCAGUACUGAGACUCGGCACCGCAUUAAUGAGCACCGCUGGGUUAAUAAUGAGAGAUUCGCUCUGUAUGACGAUGAAAACAGAGGAUUCUUCACAGUGUUCAUCAGGAAGCUCAGCAAAGAGGAUGCUGGAAAAUACACAUGUGGAAACAAUCAGGAAUGGAGUCAUGAUGUUGAGUUAAAGGUGAACAAAAACUCUUCUUCUUGUGGGACGUCUGUUAUCCGAUCUGCAUAUAAAGGUCAAACAAUCACUUUCAGCUGUGAAUAUGAUCCCAAGUUUGAAACACACACCAAAGUCUUGUACAGAGUGAAUGGAGAUCCUGUGUUUGUGCUGAAGAUCUCUCAAUCAUCACAAUCAUCUGAAGAGAAGUUCAUCCUGUCUGACAAUCAGAGAAAUCACUUUACUGUGACCAUCAGAGACAUUUCUGAAGAGGAGCGUGGAGUUUAUUUAUGUGGAGUGGAGAGAGACGGAGGAGAUAAACCACCUUCAAAAAAAAUUACUCACAUAACCUUCAUUAAAGAGAUUGAGCUGAACGUUCAUCGUCAGAUAUCUUCUGUCCAGGUUGAGGCCUACAUCAGUAAAUCAGUCUUCAUCAAGUGUGAAUUUCCAGAAGAAUUCAAAGAAAACCAGAAAUUCAUCAAAAUAAAUUCAUCAAAAGAGAUCUCUGUUAAACAGAAUCAGUGGAUCCGUCUUGAUAAAGCGCUCGUGUAUGAUGAUAGGAGUUCAGGAGUUUUGAAGGUUUUUAUCAGUGAAUUAACUGCAGCUGAUGAAGGAACGUACAGAUGUGGAGUGAAAACUGCUGACGAUCAUCUGUUCAUGAAGAUCAGACUGAAGAUUAAUCAAGUUGAUCAUUUCCCUGAAUCAAGUGAAUCAGCUGCUGUUAUUGGUGAAAGUGUGAAACUCAGCUGUAAUUCCCCUGAGGAACAGCAGUCCAUCAAACACAUCUGUAAAGAGAACGAGCAGAAGAUCUGUCAGAGCAUCAGUUCAUCAGAGAAGCAGCGCUUUGAGUUUUCUGACAGUACAGCAGGAGUUUUUACAGCGAGCAUCAGUAAUGUGAGCCUGAGAGAUGCUGGAGUUUACUGGUGUGGAGCAGAAACCAGACACCAGCAUCUGACUUCUGUUUCUCUCACCAAUAAACAUCAACUGACUUUAACCAUGCCUCCAGUGAUCAGACGUGAAGGAGAUUCAGUCCAGAUCAAAUGCCCUUAUGAUGAAAAACACACUGAAGAAAAGUGUCUGCGCAGAGGAAAGUGUUUGAGUAAAGUAGUAAAGUAUCUGUGUAAAGGAAAGUGUUUCACUGAAGAUGCUCAAAUUAUCAUUCAGUCAGAUGAAGAUCAUAAAAAACCAAGGAUUUCAGUAAAGGACUACACUGAACUCAAUCUCUUCACUGUGACCAUGACUGAGCUGAGAGCAGAGGAUGCUGGGAAAUACUGGUGUGCAGUGAAAGAUGUGUUUAAUCUUCCCAUUGAGCUCAUGAUCAUCAGGAAGAACGCGGUCGCUCAUGAAGCGUCUGUCGGAGGAUCAGUGUCCAUCAGCUGUAAACACAUCAGGAAUCAAACACAGAGGUUUUUCUGCAGAGGAGAUCAGCCCAAUAUCUGCUUCAGAGACGGAGUUCAUGUUUCAUCAGAUAACAGCAGAUUCUCUCUGACUGAAGAAACCUUUACUGUGAAGAUCAGCGAUCUGAGAGCAGAGGAUUCUGGGAAAUACUGGUGUGCAGAGGAGAGCUCUGGGUCCUUCAUAUUCACUGAAGUUCAGCUACACGUGACCGGAGGCUUUCCUGUGACAGCUGUGGUUUCUGUGGGUUUGAUCCUGCUGGCUGUGGGUUUAGUGUUCCUGUUGUUCAAAAUAAAACUCUGCAGCAAACACGGCAUCAUCUCAUCAGAAAGAAGAGAGGCAGGAGAUCAUGAAACUGCUCAAGAAGAGAGUCUAGGCUUAGAUCCUGAAUCAACUAAUCUCUAUUCAACAGUUCGGUCACCCACAAUCCCCUCUGAUUCACAGAAUCCACUUUACUCCACAGUUCAGUUACCCACAAUCUCCUCUGAUUCACAGAAUCCACUUUACUCCACAGUUCAGUUACCCACAAUCCCCUCUGAUGGGCUCCUGUACGCUGCUGUCAGUUUCCAGAAGCAAGAAGAGUCUUUCAGUGAAGCUACAGUCAGAUUCAGUAAAGAGGAGACUCACUGUGAAUACGCAUCUGUCAGUCACAAUAUCUCACCAAAUUAAUAUUACCACUGGAUUGUUGUUUUAUAUACAUCUUGAUCCUGUCAUUAAGAAAAAUUACUGAGCUGCUUGUAAAACAAUAAUUUAGUUUCACUGAACGAGUUAUUGAGCAGUCAGCGACAUCUACACUGUUGGGGGAAGAAGCUGAAAUGUUUCUCUGUGCCUCAAGAAAACAGUUAAAACUAUGUGAACUGAAGACAGAAAUGUUUUAUCCUUUCAUAAAAGUUUUUUUUAAAUCUCUGGAAGCAUCAGUUUAUCAGAAGAGAAGCAUUAGGUUUAUGACAAUGUGUGAUGAGUGCAUGUGUGUGCAAGAAAAUAUUUGUAAUGACAGUUUUUCAUUAUAACUUAAGUGAUGUCAUGCAUAUGUCUUUUUCUUUUUCUUUUUUAUGUAAUGUGCAUAUCAUGCAGACAUUGACUUGCUUGGUUUUAAAUGUGUUUGAGCAGUUAAAUUGCAGUAUUGGAUAUUUAAAAAGCCUAGUUCAUUUUGAAUGAGAAAAGUAAUUAUUUACAUUGUAACUUCUCAAUUGCAAUCCUCAAAGAAAAAUAGAAUAAUGAAAAUAGUAGUAAAUUAUACUUAUGAUAGAGCUUGUGCUCUGGUUUGGAUUAAUACAUUUAUAUUAUUCUUGUAUAUAGAUAUUUUUGUUUAAAAUUAUCUGCUAAAUGAAUAAAUGCUGUUUGUUGCCUGCACCAGUCACUAACUGUUUUAGACACAGUGAGAACUAAUGCUAACAUACACAAACCAUUAACAACUUAUAUUUUUUCAAUGUGGAAACACCCAUAGCCUGGAAAACAGCUAGUUACUGUCAACGUUAUUUAAUCUUUAAUCAAUGGUGCAUUCGGUUUUGAUUCAAAACACUUUCUUUUAAUCAGUUAAAUUAAAUCUGUAGGUGAUAUUUGUCCGUGA